GCCGCGCUGGGGCCGCGCUGGGGCCGCCCGGGGCUCGCUGCGCCCGCCGGUGAUGCCGGCCCCGGGCCCGCGCUGCCCCGAGCCCGGCCAUGGUGCCCUGCGGGGCUGUGCUCUGGCGGAGGCUGCUCCGGAAGCGCUGGGUGCUCGGCGUCGUGUUCGGGCUCUCGCUCGUCUACUUCAUCAGCAGCACCUUCAAGCAGGAAGAGAGGAUGGUGAGAGAUCGGACUCUCCUCCAAGUGCAGGAGCAUGAGCAGCCCAUCAUGUGGAAGGUGAAGUUCAGCUCGGGGAACAGCAGCCAGCUGAGCAACCAGUGCAGGAACUCUGUGCAGGGGAAGCUCCUCAUUACAGAUGAACUGGGCUACAUCUGUGAGAGGAAGGACCUGCUGGUGAAUGGCUGCUGCAAUGUGCACGUGCCCAGCACCAAGCUGUACAGCUGUGACAGCUGCCUGCCCAACGGCUGCUGCAGCAUCUACGAGUUCUGCGUGUCCUGCUGCCUGCAGCCCAGCAAGCAACACCUCCUGGAGCGGUUCUUGAACCGGGCGGCGAUGGCCUUCCAGAACCUCUUCAUGGCCGUGGAGGAUCACUUUGAGCUGUGUCUGGCCAAGUGCAGGACUUCAUCACAGAGUGUGCAGCAUGAGAACACCUACAGAGACCCAAUUGCCAAAUACUGCUAUGGGGAGUACCCCCCAGAGCUGCUGCCUGUCUGAGAGCUGCACAUCUGAGCAGCAGAGGAAGGAACUGGAACCUUGAAUCCAAAAGGACCAGACAGCAGCUGUUGCUUUACCAAAGCCUCGGUGUAAAAAACUUGCCUUGGGUGUGGGGGCAAACCCAGAAGAGAGGAAGUAAUGAACUUUUGAGACUGAAUCCUGCUUUCUUCAAUUUAUUGUGCACCUGCUUUGGAGUGCUGGUGCUGUGCUGCUGUGCCAGUGCAUUCUUUGAAUACUUCCUCUGAAUUUCAGGAAUCAUGGAGUCAAUCUAGGCUGUAGAACAUCAUGGGGAAAAUAUCUAAUGUGGCUUUGCAGCUGUAAAUGGAGGUUCAGUUGGGUCUCAGAGACUUUCCAGGGUGACAGAAGUAACUGGAGGACUUUUCCUUUCAGAGGGCAAAGCAUGCCCACUGUGCUUCUCUCUCUGGAGCCCUUCUUGGCGUGCAUGGUGUACACUACAUAUGUAAUUAUGAAUUAUUUAUUCAUUUUAUAUGGGUCACUGGCUGAAAGUACAGAUGCUUUGCAUAGCUAAUUGUGGAUGCCUUUCAGUCCCUGCUCUGCUGUGUCAGCUAGAAGGGAUAUUUUAGAUCCUGACUAAAGUUGGUAGGGGCUUUUUUCCUCCUUAGUCUAAAGGAAUUGUAUUGGGAUUUGUCACUAUAGUCAAUAUGUUCCUCGUAGUGAGUUUAACCAUUCAGAACUCCAAUGGAGUUGGUUCUGCCACAGUCUCAUAGCACAACAGAAGAGCAGGGAUCUGCCCAGGAUGGGAUGUUUAUUGUCUCUAAACACUUUCCUUGUUACUCUGCAGCAGUUUCCUCAAAGAGGAGUCCAGAUUUGUGAGCAGCUCUCUGCUGCCCACUUGCUGACAGGGAGCUGGGAAGAUUUGUUUGCUUGAACUUGUUCAGGCCUCGGUAUUUCAAAUUCACUCCUGGUUGUGCAGGAGGCCAAAGGGUGGAGCUGAGCUCCCCCAGCACCUUUCCCAGAGCUGCCUGUGCCUUUCCAGCCUGCUCCAGAUCCUGAAAUGUUUGACAUCUGCAUCUCAGGCAGCAAACAGCAGCUUCCUUUAAGCCCCUGGAACCCAUUGCACCAAAUUCCAGCUGAUCUUCACCUUUGACAAACGUAUUAAACAGGACUCAGUUAAGAAGACAAGAAUUCAUUAUCCCCUGCUUGCUUUACACAACCCAGUGCCCAGCUCCUGCCACUGUACCUCAGGCAAUGGGGAAAGGAAGACAGCAACCUGCGCCCGGGAGUUUAGGAUAAAAGGAGACUGCGUGCUCCGAAAUCUCGACAGAGACCCCACGGGGGUAUGGCGUAGCGGACUGUCUCCCUUUAUUCGAAUAAAGUUGCAGGACUCUUCUGUCUA